AUGACCGUCAUCAGACUGGUGACCUUUGAUGCAUUGCAUACACUCGUAACGCCUAGAUUACCAAUUUACGUCCAGUAUUCACAAACAUUUGCUCCAUAUCUUGGUGUGCUUGAGCCAGGGCUUCUCAAACAAUCUUUUAAAGUUGCGCUGUCGCAGGUACAAAAAGAAAACCCUACAUAUCAGGGGAAUUCUGGCGCUGAAGGAUGGUGGUCUGAAGUCAUUAAGCGGACAGCCAUCGGAGCUGGUGCCAACCAACAAGCCGUAGACUCUUCAUUGCCGCAAAUCGUUCCCAGUCUUAUGGAAAGAUUCAGUUCUCGACAGGGCUACAAACUCUUCCACGACUCCCUCCCUGUAUUGAGGCGACUGCAUCACAUGAAUAUUCGUACAGCACUGAUUAGCAACACGGACACGCGCAUGUUUUCUGUAUUAAAGGAUCUUGAAAUUGCUCCAUACCUCGGCUCAAUUCUUCUCAGCGAGGCGGUGGGAAUAGAAAAACCAAGUGCCGAAAUAUUUCUCCCGAUGGAGAUGCAGGACAGUGUUCACGUAGGAGAUGAACUUGAAAGCGAUUAUCGUGGCGCCCGGGCUGCUGGAAUGCACGCCCUGCUGUUGCGCAGGGCCGGGCCAGAAGGCGACGGUGAACGCAAGGAGGAAGGUGAAAAUCUUCAAGGUGUACAGGUCGUUAAUGAUCUAUGGGGGGUGGUAAAGUGGGUAGAACGGCAAACCGAUUGA